CUGCGCAAGAACUCAGAGGCGGGCGGCGCCGCGCCGGCCCCGGGCAAGGGCCGAAAGAACUCGGCGGCCGAGCUGGGGAGCGGCAGGGCGGGCGGCGGCGCCCCUAGGGACAGCCGGCCGCCCCGGGACAGCCUGCAGGGCCUGAUCCAGGCCGCCGCGGGCAAGGGCCGCAAGAACUCGCGGGCCGCCGAGGACGAGCCGCACCGGGCCGUGGCCAGGAGCGCGGGCUGCAGCACCUACAUCAGCAGGCUCAUCAAGGUGGACACGCAGGAGAAGAACGGCGGCGGCGGCGGCGGCGGCGGCGGCGGCAGCAACUCCCCCUCCUCCUCUUCCUCCUCCGCAUCCUCUUCCCCUGCCUCCCUGGGCCCCGAACUGGACAAGGGCAAGGUCCUGAGGCAGCAAGACACGCUUGCCUCUGCCGCCGGCACGGGGGUGGGGACCCAGGGGCAAGAUGACCAAGGACCCAGCUACGAGCUAGCGCUGCCCCGGCCGCCGGGCAGCGGGGCAGCGGGGCUGAGUGCCGUGCGCCCUGUCUGUUCCUGGGAAUGCGGCUGGCGGGGCAGGCGGCGCGGGGUCGGAGGCGAGGCGCCCGGCAGUGGCAGCUCGGGCACCACGUGCCGUGAACAGAGCGCACAAAACCCCUCUGUCCUGGCGCUUUUCUUCCUCCGGAAGCGCGAUCAGGAGGGCGUCGAGGACAAGUGCCAGGGCUGCUCGCUGCCAGCCACACCCGACUCGGUGAGGGCCGGCCUGGCGGGCGGGGUCUGCCCGGACCCCGCGCUCUGCUGUCCCGGAGAAAUCCGACGCCGAGGCUCCAAGGACCCCUUGGUGAAGGUUCUGCAGCUGCUGGACGGUCCCUGCGAGGCGGGUGGCACCGGCCCGCAGGCGGAGACCUCGGCCCAGAGACAGGGCUCCAAGGACCCCCAGCUGUACGACACGCCCUACGAGCCUGUGGAUGGUGGCCCCAGGGCCGAGGAGCGGAGGGGCCGGCUGCCCGCGGGGGACGAGCGGCCAGCGGCUGAGUACGAGCAGCCCUGGGAGUGGAAGAAGGAGCAGAUCGCUAGGGCGCUGUCAGUUCAGUUUGAAGGCUCUGAGCACCCCUCCGUCAAGGAGGAUGCGGCCAGGCAGCACCGUCGCCAGAAGAGCUGGACCCAGAAGGCCCUGAGGCCGGCCGCCCCCGAGCACGGCGAGGGGGAGAAGGUGGACCCGGCGCUGCCGCUGGGGAGACAGCCCUGGUUCCACGGCGCCAUCGCCCGCGCUGAGGCCGAGAGCCGGCUGCAGCCCUGCCGGGAGGCCGCCUACCUGGUCCGGAGCAUCGAGUCAGGGAGCGGCAGGUACUCCAUCGCGCUCAAGACGAGUCAGGGGUGCGUCCACAUCAUAGUGGCCCAGACCCGAGAUGGCAGGUACACGCUGGGCCAGACCAGCGCCGUCUUCGGCAGCGUCCCCGAAGUGGUGCACCACUACUCCAGCGAGAAGCUGCCCUUCAAGGGGGCCGAGCACAUGACCCUACUGCACCCCGUGCACUGCAAGCCGCACUGAGGGCCGGCGGCCACGCCCCUCCUCCCCGCGGCCGCCUGAGCCCAGCCAGCAGCCCGGGGGGCGGCGGGACUGCACCCCGCACCCCGGGAAUUGGUGGGAAGUGAGAGUCUCCACCCGGAAGUCAAAACCUGGGGUCCCAAAUGCAUUCCUGACACUUGGCCACUGGCCUGUUGCUUUUCUACAGUAAGAAAUCAUGAUUCACCAGCUGCUUCCACUCCCUGGAGGAGGCGUUCUGUUUGGAGGGGGGGUGACUCUCAGGAAAGGUGAGUCAGGAGUCCAGGAAUAUUAAGGGUUUCCAGACAGGUGCCAGUUAUCCCCUGGAGGACCUGGCCACUAAGCAAACAAAAACGCAGCUGGCAUUUACAGGAGGCCAUAAAAAAUGACCGUGUGGACCCGGAGAGGGUGCGUUAUGGACCCCUUUUUGAGAAAACGGAUGAAGAGUGGAAAAUAAUCGAUCAGUGGGUGGCUUGGAGGGGGCUCUGGAGUCGGUGAAGAUUCACGACUCCGGCGAGGUGAUGUUGGCACUCAGCCUUCGGAGAAAGUUCGUGUUUCCUCGGUCUCCGAGGGUGUUUGUAUCCUUACUCGCAGAAGCAUCAAUGGGAAGGAAGAUGCCCCUGACUGAAGUCAGUGACAUCAGUUAAGCCUCGGCAUUACUGUAAUUCUGAAUCCUGGAAUAAAACGCACCACAGAUCCGAACAUUUGGAAAGCUGCGCGGCCAUUGUUGCAUUGGAUGGGGACGCCGAAUUUCCAGGACCUUUCUUUUCGUCUUUGGGCAUCUCCGUUGCUCCCUAGUUCAGUUUGCUCUGUAUUUUGGAAGGGAAGUUAGGUACCUGCGUACACACACACCCCUCCCUCCGUCCUCAGGGUGGGACCGCCCGCCCCGCCGCCACAGCGGGUCCUCGGCCCCGCAGAGCAGGCCGGCUCGCGUGUGCAGAUAUUUCUGAAAGACCGAGGUUUCCCUAACUACGACAGCUUAAAAUAUUAAAUUAAUAUUCAUAGUGUCCUCUCCGUGGUUUAUUGGGAACUUACACUGACCGUUGACUUUACUGUGAAAAAAGAAAUGUAAAAAACCACGAGAAUGGCUUCCUGCGAGGAGACCCCGGCGGAGGGCCGGCGGCUGGACGCCCCUGGCCCCGGGUGUGUGGCGUGGGCCCCAGAGCCGGCCCGAUGCACGCGCGCCGUCCUGGGAAAAGCUAACUUUUGCGGCUCCUUUUAAAUGCACGAGAAACGCUGGUCCGGUUCAUCUUGAGAAAAGCAUUUCUUUCUGGUUAUUAGUUACCAUUCUAUUACGAUUUAGAGGUUAGUAAAUCCUUGCUUCUUUACUCAGUUAAGGUUGUAGCCAACGGGCUGUGUGAUCCUUGAUUUAGGAAACUUGAGAGGAACUUUUUCUUACUGAAUCUCCAGGAUUUUAUUAAGAGUCUCCGUUUUCUGAGCAGCGGCCGUGUUUUCAGCGUGGACUGGGCCGUGUGCGGCGUCUUCAGCACCAGACUUCUCUUUAAGUCUCGGCAUCUACAGUUCCGUUUCCAUUCAACAAAUAUUUAUUAUCUCCCAUUUACAAAUCAUCUAUUAAACGUAUUUUUAGUUUGACAUUCUAGAAGCGAAACCUUAUUUUUACUUAAACUGAUUCUACAAAAUACAGCAGUUAUCCUAAUUUUAAUAAAAGCCAAAAGCUUUGUGCA